GACAGGUGAUUGACAUCAAAACAAUUUGUUGAAAAAGUAAAUAUUUUCUAUUCGGUAUGAUACUAAAUAAUUUAGUAUAGUUCUUCCAAAUGCGUUCAUCUGUGAGUUAUAUUUUAUCGAGUACGACCUCAGAGCCCACGAUGUCUCAUCCAGAUUACGAACAGUAUUCCCACGAUCAUGCCGCCUUAUUGGUGCUUGUAAAGCAUGUCGGCUCCCAGCUGAAACCGAAAGUGUACGGGAAAUUCUUCGAACAAAUAUCGAAAAUAAACAACUGCAAGAUCACGGACUCCACCGGCUUGUUGCGCAAUAUAAUUGUGAGAUAUGUGAGGGAGCAUCCCGUGGAAAACAACGACUGGGGCGACUUCCAAACGCACCGACGGCUUUUGGGGUUAAUAUCGCUGGGAAAAUACGACUCUCAGCAGGAGCUGAGCGAGAUAUGCCGGGUGCACGAAAGCCUCAAAGUCAAGUACAACACCACCCUCUUUGACUCGAGGUGCAUAUUUUUCGGCCCCCCGAAAGAAAUGACAACCCCCGUCAGCGACGAUUCCUCGAGUUGCAGCGAAAAUGAGGUUAAAAAAGUCGAUUGUGUUGAAAUCGAAAAGUUUACCACACCGGCCAAUUUUAAAACUAGAGCUUUGUUCUACGAUGAGGUAGGACCUUGCAGUGACUUGGAAACGCAAGUGAAUGAGUUUGUUAACUCUCUGUUUUGGGUUCUUGAAUCUAAAAGAUUGGAAAGAUCCAGGGAGAAAUUGGAACGCGUUUCCUUACUCCUAGCGCCGUUUGAAAAAAAAGAUUUUGUGGGUCUGGACAUGGAAUCCCGCAACAACAAAAAAAGAUGUACAGGGCGGAUGACCAAACAUCUGGGCGAUCUUUGCUUACAAGCCGGUCUGUUAAACGAAAGUUUGGCUUACUAUACUGCUGCAGCUGAAACAUUGAAAACCAUAAACGAUUGGCUUUGGUUGGGUGCGGCUUACGAGGGUUUAAGUACAGCUUCAGCCCUGGCUCUGUACCCAGAAAUGCCCAGGAAUAUGCCUCUGCAUAGAAACGCCAGUCUACAAGAGGGUUCCCCGCGAAAGUCGUCCGUAUCGGUGAACGCACCCCUAUUGAGUUCACCCACAAAAAAAAUCAUCACGAAUUCCCUUCUACCGGAAGAUAUAUCUAAAAGGUACCGCGAAGCCAUAAUUCACUACAGCAAAUACCAAAACGCCGGUAUCGUUGAAACCGAAGCCAGCUUCAAAGCGGCUAGAAUAGCGGUGGAGCAAAAUCAUGCCUUGCAGGCGGCCAGUUUCCUGCAGAACGUCGUCUAUAUUAAUUUGACUUUGUCCGAGCAAGAAAAGAUACAAAGAUUCGAGACUUUGGCGGAGUUGUAUUCGCAAAUAGGGUUCAACAGAAAGGCUGCUUUCUGCCAGAGACUGGCCGCCACGCGGUACGUUUCCCCCCAAAACACCUCCCCGAAUUGGGGGAAAUGUUACUCCCUGAUGCUGCAAAGUCUGCCCGGUCAUUGUCUAACUCUGGACCCCGUGGAAAUGAAGGAAACCGACCAGGGCUGGCCAGCGUUGCAGAUUCAGCUACUGCAAGAGUUAGUGGUUGCUGCUAGAAGAACUGGCAACUCUGCGUUGGCAACGAGGCACAUGACUUUCUUGUUGCAGACUAUGUGGGGUCAUCUCACUCCAACCGAACAAAAGGAACUUUCGAUUCAACUGCAAUCUCUAUCGGCGCAAUGCGAGGGUUCUCCAGUACUUCUAGUUCUAGACUCGGGUAUCGUGGUACCCCCGGCGAAUUUAACCGACAUUCCCAUGUGUACAGCGUUCAUUGUUAGGGAUUUACAGCCCCAUUUAAGACCGAAAGCCAUUCCGACUCUCGUCGAAGAUCCAGGUCCGUUUCUGUUCACACCCAGACACUUCGGCGGCGGUAACAGUUUGGACAGAAGGCAGCAAAGAGCCAAAACCAAGGUCGACUUUCUGUGGGUGGAAAACGAGGUCUGCGAGAUUCAGGUGAAGCUGGUUAAUCCGCUGCCGUUUGAAUUGAAAGUCUCCAAUAUGCGAUUGUUGACCUCCGGGGUUGUGUUCGAGUCCGUUCCAGAGACGGUUGUUUUGCCACCAGAUGUCUCCACCACUUUGACGCUGAGUGGGUGGGCUAGGGAAGGCGGGGAGUUGGAGUUGUCUGGUUAUAGCACUCAUACUUUGGGUGUUAAGUCAAAUUGCAAGCUAAAGCAUAUGGCGUCCACGAAUUUCCCGAACUUCUACAAAGUCGACGUCGUUCCUGCAUUGCCACAGUUGAAAGUAACCACCUCCUUUCCACCCAGUGCUUCAUUUUCUAACUUUCAUGAUGAUAACAUAGUCACAUCAGCUGGCGUGACUCUGUUUCACGGUGAAAGCACUCAGUGCACUGUGACGUUAACAAACAUAGGCCAAGUGGAUGUGGAGAUGUUAGAGGCGGAGAUACACAGCGUUCUAGAACCGUCCCUGCAAGACCAGAUCUUCAGCUGGGACGACAGCGAAGUUCAAUCUCAGUUGCCCAUAAAACCCGGCACUUCGGCCACUUUGACGCUGCGGCUGCAUUCGGCCGCCAACUUUCUGGCGCCCAACGUCACCGCCUCGCCUAGCACUCUGCCGCACGAUCUCAGCAGCGGCGUCUACAGCAGCAUGUCGGCCUCCGUCACCGGAGGAUCUCUCCCGUCCAGGUUCAACUCCAGUUUUCGCUCCACCAACUCCGCCAUGUCGAGUCUGGUCGGCUUGCCGACCGUGAUCCAGCAACACACCAGCUCGGCCAUCGAAGGGCAACUCAGACUGCGCUACAGCGGAGGGCCGGGUUUCAAAUCCGACUACUGUCGGAUGUGUUCCGUGUUCAUCAUGAUCGAGAUGAUCCCCUCGUUGCACGUCACGAAUUGGGACGUUCUGCCAGCCGAAAUAUCGUCACAGUUUUACUUGGUGUUGGACAUAGCCAACCUAACAUCGCAGGAAAUGGAGUUGAGGUACACUCCAACAAAAACGAUGCUCAUAGAGGGUCAGGAGAGUUGUAGAGUUCCCGUACCUGUCGAUAGAUGUCCUCUUUCCAAGUUGAGCAAAUACUAUGAGGAUACCGAGGAUGAUAACGGGUCUACAAACGUAGAUAUGACUCGUAUUUGUUCAGAGCACAUAUCUGAACUCGUCGAUCUGCAAUGGCUUCUUCUGGCCACUGAUUCCAAGGGUACAUCGUCAUUAAAGGGCAUCACAUUGACUUCGCGUAUGAUGGACAUUGUAAGGAUGUCCCCCUUGAUGUGGGAGGUACAAGUUAAUGGGUCAGCUAUUCGACCUCAGGAGGAUAUUAACUGCGAUGCAGGGGACUGUUUGGAGUUAAAAAUGAACCUUACGAACAGUUUGGAUAAGGCUCUAAAGCAACUAAAUGUUUCUGUGCAGUUUUAUCAGGAUUACGAGAAUGGGAAUUUGAAUUAUAGAUUGGAUACACGAUUGGCCACCACUGGGUCUGUAAAGAAAACAAUCAACUGUCUGCAAUCAAAGGAAAUAGCGAGUCAUGAAUGCAAUGUUAUAUUUUUUACACCAGGUCAAUACAAAGUGGACAUUCAGUGCUGCGCACCAGAUAAUUUUUCUACUAUGUGCGCAUCAACCUUAAGUACUGGACAUGUGUGGAGAUUUACGCCACCUAUUAACAUUUCAGUGAAGUAGAUGCAAUAUUUAUAUUGGAAUCACGUUUUUAUUUAUUUAAUAAAGU